AUGGGCCAUGGCCGCCCCGGUCGUGGUCUUGUCCCAGUACGGCUCUCUCUACUACCCAUACCCUACCUCUGUGCCAGUGUGCCGCCUGUGCGGCUGUGCGUGGUGCGUGCUGACCGCCGAGCGAGCAACGCUGGACUUGGACCCGGCCGAUCCCCGGUGGUUCAAUCAGUGAUGGCACUCUAUUACUGCGGCUGCUGUGCCCCAGAGCUGAGCAGCAGUGGAAUACCAAUUAAUUCUCCCAACUCCAAUCUACCCCCUGGUUUUGGUUAUAAAUAUUGGCUAGUACCACCUGCUGCAGGGCCAUCAUCGUCUGCAUCGCUCGCUCUCCUUUCACUGGGAAGAACAUCUAUCAGCUUGCUCAUUGGCCAUCUUCGAUUGUCUUCCAUGGAGAGGCUCCUCGCCGGCCUACUUGGCUUCCUAUUGAUCGCGUCAGUAGGAAGCCAUGCAGCUCGUGCUCCGGAUCAAUACUGGAAGUCUGCUCUUCCCGACACUCCCAUGCCGACCUCCCUCUCCCAACUCCUCGACACCCCAGCCGGAGGCACGACCGUCAACGUCGGCUGGGGCGGUGUCCACGUCGAUGCCGGGCGCGGUAAGCCCGGUGGUACGACGGUUGACGUAGGCAAGGGCGGCGUCGGCGUCAACGUUAACCCCGGCAGCAGCGGCAAGAAGCCCGGCGGCACCACGGUCGGCGUUGGGGGAAAUGGGGGAGUCGGCGUUAACGUCAAUCCUGGUUAUGGGAAGCCCGGCGGCACGACGGUUGGCGUCGGGAAGGGCGGAGUUGGUGUUAACGUCAACCCCGGCUACGGGAAUCCCGGUGGCACCACUGUUGGCAUCGGGAAGGGUGGCGUUGGCGUUAACGUCAACCCUGGCAAGCCCGGCGGCAGUGGCACCACGGUCGGCGUUGGCAAGGGCGGCGUUGGCGUCAACGUCAAUCCUGGCUACGGCAAGCCCGGUGGCACCACGGUCGGCGUCGGCAAGGGCGGAGUGGGCGUCAACGUCAAUCCUGGCAAGCCGGGUGGUACCGGCACAACCGUUGGCGUUGGCAAAGGCGGCGUGGGCGUCGGCGUCAAUCCCGGGUACGGCAAGCCGGGCGGCACCACGGUUGGCGUUGGCAAGGGCGGGGUUGGCGUCCACGUGAACCCGGGCAAGAAGCCCGUCAACGUCAACGUCAGCCCUUUCAUUUACAACUACGCCGCAUCAGAGACGCAGCUGCACGACGACCCCAGCGUGGCGCUCUUCUUCCAGGAGAAGGACCUCCAGUCCGGUAAGAAGGUGACCGUCCAGUUCGCCAACACCGCGACCACCGGCGCCAAGUUCCUCCCGCGAAGCGAGGCCGAGGCCAUCCCGUUCUCCUCCGAGAAGGUCCCCGAGAUCCUCGCCCGCUUCUCGGUGGACCCCGACUCCGUCGAGGCGGCGGAGAUGGCGCAGACGUUGCACGACUGCGAGGCGCCCGCGGCCAAGGGCGAGAAGAAGGUGUGCUCCACGUCGCUGGAGUCCAUGGUGGACUUCGCCACCACCAGCCUCGGGACCAGCCACGUGAGGGCCGUCUCGACCGUCGUGGCCAAGGAGGGCUCGCCGAAGCAGGAGUACACCAUGACCGGCGUGAAGCGCGCGGCCGGCACCGACGACGGCGGCCGCCUCGUGGCCUGCCACGCGGAGCCGUACGCGUACGCCGUGUUCGCGUGCCACCUGACGCAGCAGACGCGGGCGUACACGGUGUCGAUGCUCGGCACGGACGGCACGGCCGUGGACGCUGUCGCGGUGUGCCACGCCGACACGUCCGGGUGGAACCCCAAGCACGUCGCCUUCCAGGUGCUCAACGUGAAGCCCGGCACGGUGCCGGUCUGCCACUUCCUGCCGCAGGACCACGUCGUCUGGACCCGCAGCGGCUGA